UAUUUUUAUUCUUUUUUCGCUCUUCCACCCAUCAACAACAUUUUUAAAAUCAAAACCAUCAUCAGUGCCAGUCUGCACCUUUUCUUUUUUUUUCUCCUCAAAACAUUUUUAUAUAUUUAUUCACAUAUUGGUGUGCCAUUACUUUCAUCUUCCUUCUCCCCCCUUCUAAUUUUUCUUCUUUUUUUUCACACUUUGUAUGCACAGGGAAGGCAUUUCUCUCUCUUCUCUUUUGUAUUUAAAAAUGAUCAGCUUUCCCGCACAACAACCAACACAAAAAAAUUUUUUUUCGGCGGGAAAUUUCUUUUUUGUAAAAAUAUAAUGACAACAACAAAAAUUAAAGUUUGGCUGCCAUUGAGAGUUGAAUUUUCAUUUUUUCUUUUAUUUAUGUCCCAUUAUUUUGAAAAUAUUUUUAUUGAGGGCCAGCUAUAAGAGAAAACUCUCAGAAAAUUUUUUGGUGUAGUGGGAUAAUCGUUGAUUUUUUGGGGGCAUGUCUAUGGUUCCCCUUUUAGGAAAAAAUUAUUUUUUAAAAUGUUUCUUUAAAAAAAUCCUGAGAAAAUUCAUCCUAUUGAAAAAUUUUUCGUUUUGGUGUAGUGGGAUAAUUUUUGAUUUUGUAGAGACAGUGACCAUGGUUCGAAUCCUUUUGAGGUGA